AUGGCUUUCAGAUCCUGUAAGUCUAUAUCACCAAUCUUUUAUUUCAUAUACGACACUCUCAUACAUCAUAGGACCAGUCAUUCUACAGUGACAAUUGUUCGUUUUUUUGAGACCCAAUCAAUCACAAACCACUCAAAUUUCACGGAGAAACAACCACUCACGGUCUCUUACCUCACAAACUCAUGUGGGUUGUCUUUAGAAUCUGCUAUCUCAGCGUCUAAAAAGGUUAACAUUAAGAGCACAGAGAAAUCGAACUCUGUUCUUGAGCUGUUAAGGUCGCAUAGCUUCACUGAAAAUCACAUUUCAUGCAUAAUUUCCAGGUACCCAAAUUUACUUUUGGCUGAUCCAGAGAGAACUUUGAUACCCAAAAUUGAGUAUUUUGAAUCUUUGGGUCUUGUCGGACGUGACUUGCCUAGGAUUCUUUGUUCAUGUAAUGUGUUAUUUACCAGUUUAGAAAACCAAAUCAAACCCACAUUUAAUUUCCUUCAACAAUACAUUGGGGCCAAUGAGAAUUUAAUUCAUGCUCUUAAGCGAUGUAGCCGGGUGAUUGGGUACAACGUUGAAAAAGUUUUGGUGCCAAAUAUCCACACCUUACGGUCCCAUGGUGUGCCUAAAUCUCAUAUUGGAAAACUAAUCAUGUUGCAGCCCAGAGCACUAAUGUUGGGAGGUGAUGUGUUUAAAGAGGUUACAGAUGCAGUUAAGGAUAUGGGUUUUGAUCCCAAAAGUAUAUACUACAUAUUGGCCGUCCAUCAAAUGGCAAACUCAAUUGGGAAACGAAGAAAGAAGCUUAUAUGA